CGAGACGGCCGAGCCUCCGAGCCGCCCAGAACAACCGGAAGUCUGUGAGACGGAGCGGGAGCGUGCGUCGAAGGCCCGUUUCCGGUUUUGUCGCGCGCUUCGAGCCUCGGGCGGUCCACGGGGAGGGUCCCUCGGCCAGGACACAUGGAUGCCCACCCACCGAGCCUCAUGGUAGGAGUCUAACUGCCUCCAUUUCCUCACUUGUCCUGUGAGGGCCCCUACCUUUUCCUCUGGGAACCUACCCUCCACUGGCCCCUUGUGGCCCUUGCCAGGCUCAGGCAUGCCCACCCUCAAGGGAGUGAGCAAAACCCUGCCCAGAUUGGGGCCUGCUGGAGGCCCUUACGGGGGGGGGGGGGGGGGGGGGGGGGAGGUUUGUAGAUCACCAUGAUCUGGCUCCCUCCUCCUCCUCCAUACUGCCCCUCCCCUUGAUUUUUAGAGCCAAAGGGGCCUGGUGACUGUCUCACCCAAUCAUGUGCCUGAGACACACCAUGAGGUGGAGCCAGAAUGAGGCUGGCACCCAGGGUUCCCUGGGGUGCUGGUGUAUGUCUUUUCAGGAGGCUGUGACGUUUGGUGAUGUGGCCGUACACUUCUCGAGGGAGGAGUGGCAGUGUCUGGACCCUGGCCAGAGGGCCCUCUACAAGGAGGUAAUGCUGGAGAACCACAGCAGUGUGGCUGGACUAGCAGGGUUCCUGGUCUUCAAGCCUGAGCUGAUCUCCCGGCUGGAACAAGGGCAGGAGCCAUGGGUCCUUGACCUGAAGGGAGUCGAGGGGAGAGAGGGGGCAAGAACCUUCCUUACAGAUUCUGCAGUUGGGAUUGCAGGUGAGCAGGCCUGUGAGGACAUGGAUGUUCUAAAAUCAGAACCCUAUGUGGCGAUGGUCAGAAGCCCCCCACAGGGCUUUCCUCAGAGUUCUAGCUUUAGAGACACCUCUGAUUCUGAGGUCUGGUCAGAGAGUAAGCCAAGCUCCCUCCUCCAGAAAAACCGCUUGAACACAGGGACUGUGGCUCCCAGGAAGACCUUUGCCAAGGAGGGUGUCCAGGGAUGUGGCGAGCUGGAGAGCAGUGGCGACCUGGGUUGUCAGCCUGGCAAAAGUCAGGGAGGUGCUGCCGAAGGGACAGUCCGAAGAUGUGACAUGUGUGGCACAAGUUUCAGAUCUACUUCAGACAUUGCUCUGCAUCAAGAAAUUAAUACACAGAAGAAACCUAACAGAUGUCCAGAGUGCAAAAAAAAAUUACCUGAUUGUUUACAGGGGAAACACGGAAGUAACUGCCAUGGAGAGAAGCCGUAUGAAUGUGAGGAGUGUGGGAAAGUCUUCAGGUUGUGCUCACAGCUUAAUCAGCAUCAGAGAAUCCACACUGGAGAAAAGCCAUUCAAAUGCAUCGAGUGUGGAAAAGCCUUUCGUCUGAGCUCAAAACUUAUUCAGCAUCAAAGAAUUCAUACUGGAGAGAAGCCCUACAGGUGUGAGGAGUGCGGAAAGGCCUUUGGUCAGAGCUCCAGCCUAAUCCACCACCAGAGGGUCCACACGGGGGAGAGGCCCUAUGGCUGUCGAGAGUGUGGGAAGGCCUUCAGCCAGCAGUCCCAGCUGGUCAGACACCAGAGGACCCACACUGGAGAGAGGCCCUACCAGUGCCAGGAGUGUGGGAAGGCCUUCAGCCAGAGCUCAACCCUGGCUCAGCACCAGCGGAUGCACGCUGGGGACAAACCUCAACUUCCAAGGAACCCAGAUGGCCCCAGCCUUGUUGCACAUCAGAGAAUCCACCCUACAGAGAAACCAUUUAAGUGUGACGAGUGUGGAAAGGCCUUCAGGUGGGUGUCUCGCCUUAGUCAGCACCAGCUGACCCACACUGGAGAGAAACCUUAUAAAUGCAACAAGUGUGCAAAAGCCUUUGGUUGUAGCUCACGGCUUAUUCGCCACCAGAGAACUCACACUGGAGAAAAACCAUUUAAGUGUGAGGAAUGUGGGAAAGGCUUUGUCCAGGGCUCACACCUAAUUCAGCACCAGAGAAUUCACACUGGAGAGAAGCCCUACGAGUGUAGUGACUGUGGAAAAGCCUUCAGCCAGAGCUCAAGCCUCAUUUACCAUCAGAGAAUCCAUAAGGGAGAGAAGCCCUACGAGUGCCUCGAAUGUGGAAAAGCUUUCAGUAUGAGCACACAGCUCACGAUACAUCAAAGGGUCCACACUGGGGAGAGACCCUACAAGUGUACUGAGUGCGGGAAAGCCUUCAGUCAAAACUCAACCCUUUUCCAGCACCAGAUAAUCCAUGCAGGAGUGAAGCCCUACGGAUGUAGCGAGUGUGGGAAAGCCUUCAGUCGGAGCUCCUAUCUUAUCGAGCAUCAGAGGAUCCACACCCGGGCCCAGUGGUAUCAUGAGUACGGGAAUACCUUGGAAGCUUCUACCCACGUGAGCCGUAAAAAGGUCAAUACUGUAAAGAAACUGCAUAAAUGUAAUGAAUGUGAGAAAAUAUUCAGGUGGCGCUCACAUCUCAUUAUACAUCAGAGAAUUCACACCGGAGAGAAACCUUACAAAUGUAACGAAUGCGGCAAAGCUUUUAAUCGGAGCUCAAGGCUUACUCAGCAUCAGAAAAUUCACAUGGGAUAGACUACUUAUCUUUAUAAAUGUGCAUAAAUGUGAAUAAACCUACAGCCUUAACUUUA